CCUUACUUGAGAGUUUUCGGUAGAAAUUAAAACAAUUUAACUAAAAACUUGUGAAAAAUUUGAUUCUUCCAAGAAUUUAUCCCAUUUUAUUGUAAAAAUGAGAACAGCACUGCUGAUUAGCUUCCUCUCGUGCCUUCUCCCGAUCGCAAACCUCUCACAACCGCUCAUCAACAUCGAUUGUAACUUCCAAAAGUCCAACACAUAUCACGCAAUUAAGCAUGCAUACGAAUGUCAAGUAAUGAACAUCCUCAACAUCACAUCUAUCGAUGCUACAGCAGUUGAUGUCCCAAAAGGAAAGCAUCAUGUAGAUAUGACCAAUGAUGAUGUAGUUGCCUUUAGUUCCAUUAAUAAGACAACGUUUUACUUCCCGCGUGGACUUGAGAAAUAUUUUAAAAAUCUUCAGGCAAUUUAUCUUGAACAUGGCAGGCUUAAAGAGGUCCAUCAAGGAGAUUUCAAGCCAUACACAAACUUAACAGCACUUUAUCUUGGCAACAAUGACAUUGAAGUUCUUGAGGACGGACUUUUUGACUUUAAUGUGAAUUUGGAAUUUGCUUCAUUUUGGGGGUCUAAAAUUGUUCAUAUUGACGAGGGGGCGUUCAAGAAUUCCGUCAAAUUAUCUCAUUUAUGGCUUAACUAUAACAAAUGCUCUACUAAGUGGGUUUCAGAUGAUUUAGAUGAGGUCAAAGUGUUGAUUAAGGAACUUGGUUUAACUUGCACUGACAUCGAAUAUUCACAAAUUUCAGAAAGUUUGAGGAAGUUGGAGAAAAGCUUAAAGACAUUAAGCCACGAAAAUUAUCAAGAUUUUUCCGAUAAAUUCAAAGUUUUUGGCAAAAACUUCCAAAAUUCCAAUUUUUCGUACUUUUUGACAUUCAAGGACAGAUUUGAGGGAAUCACAAAUGACCCAAAUUAUAGAGAAUCCAAUGACUACCUUAAAUUUAAGAAUAAAAUCGAAACUGUCAAGUUUAACCACAAAGGAUCUAAAGGAAAUUGUGAAAAUGUUUGUUAUGCUGACGUCAAUAAAUUCACUGAGGAUGUUGUGGACACUUUCAAGUCUACAUUCAACUCAUUCUCAGCUUUAAGUCAAAAGGUUGGCAGUUUUGGCGGGAAAAUAGGCAAUUAUAACCUAAAAAUGACAGAUAACCUCAAAAAGAUUGAGGAAUUGCAGGAUGAGGUUGAAGCUAUCAAGCAUAACCUAGAAAUUCUUGUAAAUUCCACAAAAAUUGAUUAUUUUGAGGUUAUAACACCAAAAGUCUAUGAACAUAGGAUUGGUUCCACUCCAACCCCAACCUCUCCUUAUGAUACAACCCAAAUUGACCCCUCAACCCCAAAAACUUAUGAUGUUAGACCCCAAAACCUAGAAAAUAAAAUCAUCAAGUCACAAUCUGAAUCAAUCCUCAAUCAAACCAGAAAAGCUAACCAAAAAAGACCAAAAUCUUGUGAGUCGAGGGCAUGUCCAACAGAUGAAGACAACAACUUCAAAAUUGAGGUUAGGAAAAGCAUUGAGGAACUUAAAAAUGACACGCAGAGCUUUGAAGAUGAAAUGACUGAAAAAGUAGACGACUUGACCAAAAAAGUCGAAGAUUUGACAAAAAAGAAUGAAGAAUUGACGAAGAACAAUGAGGAACUGACCAUGAAAAUUGAGGAACUGAUCAAAGAGAAUGAAAAAUGGAAGGUCGAUAAUGAAUAUUUUACAUCCAAAAUUGGCAAAUAUGACAAAGAGUUGGAAUUUUUGAAAAAAAGUUUAAAUGAGUUGAGUCAGAAAAUUUAGAUCCAGGCAGGAAAACCACUUGACAAGCAUCAAAUUUUGUGUCACUCGGGAUUUAUUUUAAUAAAGUUUUUGAAAAUUAAAAUCGAAUUCUUUGGAACUUUUUUCAUUUAUGCCUUUGACUUUGUGUUAAUGUGCAGCUUAAAGCAUCCUUACAAUUGACAGCACUAUCUGCUGUACCAGUUCGGAGUGAAGGAAGGG